UGUCGUGAACGCGCUGCUGUGGGGUUUUCCGCGAACAUGGAGGCGGUUGUGUCAGAUAUUGUGGCACCAGAAGAUCUAAAGAGGUUUGAGAAGAAGUACAACGCUGAGCUGGUGAAUGGACCCGUUUCCAACGAAACGACUUUUGAAUACGCCUGGUGUUUGAUCAGAAGCAAGUACACAAAUGACAUUGUAAAAGGCAUUCAUCUAUUAGAAGAACUGGUUCAGAAAAGCAAAAAAGAUGAUCAGAGAGAUUUUCUCUUCUACCUUGCUGUUGCAAACUACAGACUUAAGGAGUACGAGAGAGCGCUGAAGUACAUUCGUACUCUGCUGAAGAAUGAACCGGAUAAUAAACAGGCCCUGGAACUGGAGAAACUCAUCAACAAUGCACUAAAAAAAGAUGGCUUAGUUGGCAUGGCGAUCGUUGGCGGGAUCGGUUUAGGUGUGGCUGGAUUGGCUGGUCUUAUUGGUUUGGCCGUGGCCAAAGGUGCAAAGUCCUAAUAUGGAGUUCCUGACGAGCGUACUUUGAUUCCGUUCCUAUCCAGAAGAGAGACUUAAUGAUUUCUUCUAAUCACAUUAAACCAUGAGGAGGCCUGCCCCUUUUUAUUUUGCAUUUUUCUGCCAUGACCUUCAUAAUGAGCUAUCAUAUUUUACCACAUUUCUUUUGCUUUAUAAUUCUCCAGCUCUUUCUGGUAUGUAUAGAGAUGUGGGGUUGGAAUAAAGUAAUAAAUUGUAUGUUUAUCCUCUGAAACUUUUCAUUUUUCAAAGGAAAUUCAACUACAGAGGUUUGCCAAGGAUUUGCAGUACAGAAUAAGAUGUAUUAGUUUGCACUUUUUGGGUUUUCUCUUUUUAAUUAAAUAUGUCUGUGCUUACACUAUAGAUAAUCAAUGUGGAACAUUUUUGAUAAACUACAUUAAAACCUCAUGUCUGUUAAUAAAUUAAAAUUUGUGCUUACUGAA